UCCAGUGUGAUUAUGCUAAUUAAUUGUCAGGAGCUAUACUUAUUCUCCAUUUUAAUAUUGACAGAUCAAGUUCUGUCUGUUGAUUAAAAUUCAUUCAAUCAUUUUUGGUGAAGUAGUGAACAUUUGAAUUUGAGAUCAAUUUAUAAGUACGUGGAACACUUUGUGAGGGCAAUGGCCGCCCGUGGGCCAAGCUAUGGUUUUAGUCGGGAAGUCAAAAUGAAGCUGAAGUCGAAAUACGAUGUAGCUUUGGAACAAGAUCUUCGAGUCUGGAUUUCUGAAUGUACUGGCCUUGAUCUUCCAUGUGAUCUUAGUUUUUCAGAAUGUCUGAAGGACGGAAUUGUACUUUGCACGUUAAUGGAUUACUUUGAGCCUGGUUCAUUGGGGAAAAAAUUACCACAUACAAAAAUGUUGAAUCCUUUUCGUUGUAUGGAAAACAUUGAGGCUUUCCUGAAAGCAGCUGCAAAAUUUGGAGUUACAAUGUCAUCCCUCUUCCAAACUGCUGAUUUAUAUGAUGAGAGCAACAUGUCACAGGUACAAAUGUGUCUUCUUGCAUUGGUUGAUGUGGCGAAAUCUAAAGGUUUAACAGAAAGUGACAUUGGUGUAUAUGUAGCGGAAAAACAAAACCGUGAUUGGAGUAAUGAACAACUCAGAGCUGGCGAAGGAAUCAUAGGCUUGCAGGCAGGAACAAACAAAUGUGCCAGCCAGUCUGGUAUGACACCUUAUGGUGCAGCGCGGCCUGCCUAUGAAAAGAAGUACACGGGCUCAGGUGUUCAAAAAACAAAUGGAACUGAAGGAUACAAGCAUUGACAAACAACAAAAAAACAGAAUUUUGUUAAUUCCAGCAACAUUACCUCAAAAUUUGAUCCAGAUUUCAAAAGAUGUACUUUCAAGUUUCAAUUCACCAAAUUCGGUUAUUAUCAAUUCAAUUUAGAAUUACAGUUAGUAUAACCUGAACUAUGGUAACCAAUUGAAAAAUUUCAAAUUAUGUUGUGUAUUCAGAUUGCUCUUCAGUACAAAAAACAUUUGUCAGAAGAAUUAAGGUUGCAUGACCAAUUAUGAUAUUUCUUGAAGAGCUUUGAAAAUAAGAGCCAUAAAGUUGUUUUUUAAACUAUGGUUUUACUUUCUAGUAGUUAUUAUCAUUUCAUUUUACCUUGUGUGUACCUUUUAUUCAUAAUUAGCCGAAGUAGCUAAAGUGUGUUUAAACCUAUUAUACAGUGUCCAUGAGUGCUGGUAAACGUUCUAUUUCAUCUUUUAUUUUCUUAUUCUGUGAAGAACCUUUUUCUGUACAGUCAUUUUUAUGUAAGUAAAUUGUGGGAUAUUGAAUCUUUGCAACACCGCUCCAGCUUUUAUCCUCAAGUUAGGUUUGGUCAACAUCUAAAUUCAUUUUUGUUGCACCUCCCAUCGCUUUUUAAACACUUUUCCGUGUUCCGCUUUAUAUUUCUUACUUGAUCAAGUUUUUGUUGAGGAUUUAUCAAACCAUGCCUAACAAAUGAUCUAAUUUCAGUAUGUCAAUGUUGCUGUAUGCCUGGCUAACUUGUCAAUUGGGAUGGCCAAAGCAGGAGGCUUGCUAUUAGGACCAAUAUCUUAUAGAAAAUCGAAUUCAUUGAUGAUCUUUUUAUUGCAUGAUAUAAAACUUUUUAGACAAAUGAUUCCAUCAGUUUAAAAUAGUUUGUAGAGUUAAAUGAAAAUAAGACUAAGUAUACAAAAUUUUAUACAGUUGCUGCUAUCAAUAUGGUAAAGAGAAAACAUUUUAUGAAGUAUCGUAUCAGGAAGUUUUUUUUUGCUACUUUGUAUGUUAUUUUUGUUUCGUAUUAGUAAGCUUAUUCAUGCUUUUGGCUGUAAAAACUUGCAUUGCAACAACUGAAACUCUAUUUUUUGGUUCUGAAAUUUGUAUUGGCCAUCCUAAUUGUCAAGUCAAUCCCGUAUACCUGUGCUGUAAUAUAAAAAUUUAUCAUAAUAUUCACAUCACUGUAUCUGCAAUUUAAUUCAAAAUAAUUUAUAAGAUUUGGCUUGUAUAGGUAUGCUUUGUAGUUUCAUGUCUUGCAACCAUUCCCGAUCAUUCAUCCCUUGUAUUAUAUCAUGUUUUACGCUUGUUAAUGAAUCGUGUACCAAUGAAAUUAUUCAUAUAAAAUUCUAUUUCCAAAUAUCAAAAUGAUCCAUUCCUAAUAGCAUUCUCAUAUGAAUGGAAUCUACAUUCCUAUAUUAUGUACAGUAACAUUAUUUGUGUAACUGAUUUGGGCUGCUGAGUGCAAUAGACAUUAUAUCAAUCUCAGUCUCUAAGUCCUUUGUGCAAAAAAAGCUUAAUUCAGGGUUAAAAACUUUGUUAGUUCUAGAUGAAAUUUCGUCUUUGAUUCUUAAUUUUUGAAAUUCGAUUUUUACAGAACUAACUCGGGUUGAAAAAAAAAUCAUUCAUGGUUUAAAUGUUUGUUGUUAGUUUCGGUUGGAAUUUGGCUUUGGAUUCAUGAGUUUCCGACUUGAGAAGGUUUAUUUAAACUCCUAGUUUUGGGAAUUUGAAGACCGGCUCCACUGAAAUACUGAGUAAAUCUAAGUACUCUGACUCCAUUCUAUCUUUUAAAGACUGAUGUCUUGUAAAUAUCGAACUAUUUUUAACAUUAAAAUAUAAUCCACAUGCAUAUCUGUAACCCUAUUGUAACAUUGUCUGACAUGUUUCUCUGAGAAACUGAAUUUUGCUUUCUAACUAUUUGUUUGCACUGAAUGACUAACAAUGCAUAGGAACAGAAUUUAUCCUAUGAAUUUGAACAUAGUUGAAACCGUGGUUCAUGCUUUGUAUAUAGAAAUUCUGGUCCUCUGAUGUUGGUGCUUGCCAAAUGCAUUUUAAUGCCAUACUUUGAUCAACAAUUUUUUUUUGUAAUUGGAUUAUUUCUGUUGCACAUAUAUGUAGGUUUUUUUAGACAUAAUGACGCCUGUAAAAUGUUAAGUUGAAUAACGCUGGUGAUACUCUUUUAAAACAUAUUUUUAUUAAAAAAAUUAACAUGUAGAAAUGUUUGUUGGCUUAAUUUUUGGCAUUAAUAUUACUAAUUGCAUCUUAAUUUAUCGAGUUAACUUGCCUAAUAGCGAAUGUAAUAGGUAUUUCAUUCUGUGCGAUAACUUUUGUUGUAAUUUAGAUAUACUAGCAUGAAUUGCAACAAAAUUGGUCUGAUUUGGUUGUGUGUUCACUUUUUGUUGGAAUGAAAAAGUGGUAAAUACAGUAUGAAUGAAAUUUUGAGCUAAAAUUUUAUUCAACUGGGGGAUAUACAUAAAAAAUGUGCUGCCUCUUUGAUUGAUUAAAUGUGGUAUAGUCUUAUUCUUAUGGCUUGCAUGGCAGGUUUAUGUAUUCAUUUAUUCUUGUAUGUGUUUUCAUAUGUAGUCAAUAAACUUGUCUUACCAGAAUAUAUAUUUUAA